AGCAAUGCUCAGCGUCGAUGUGCUGAGCCCAAGGUGCCAUGCAGUAUGUCAACGUGGGACCCGGUGGGCAGGUCCAGAUCGACCAGCAGGCCUUAAAGCGUGCCGAGGCAGAGCAUAAGGUGAAGUGCGGCAGAUAUCUGAAGUUCGCCUUCUUUGCGCAUCUGGCCGCUCUGCUGCUGGUGAACAUCGUGGUAUGGGGGAUCUACGGCAUGCUGAGGUCCAAGGAUCGGGGCGGCACGUACCCCUGGCCGCUCUGGGUCACUUUCGGCUCCAUCGUCCUGGUGAUCGCGCAUUUGCUGAGCAUGCUGCCUUACUACGUUUGUAAGCCAAGCAGCGGGUGUCCUCGCUGGGUCUGGGUGGUGCUGCUGAACUUGCUUCUGGUGAACAUCGUGGCCUGGGCGGUGUAUGCCACCUCCGAGUCGGAGGCGAAUCUCGGGCGAAGGCCCACGGCUGGGGCGAAAUCGGGGAAUGAGAAUUGGAGAAGCGAAUACCUUUGGCCGGCGUGGGUCUCUGGGUCGACAGCGCUGGCUGCGCUCGUUGUGGUGGCGAUGCCGUGGAUUUGUGGCCACUUCUUCGGGAUCCACGACGACGUCGGGGACAGCGAAGUGGACGAGGAGAUGUAUUACAGGUCGGACUCAGACUGAGACUGAGGAGCUUGCCUCUGCAGAGCCGCGCAAAGUCUGGUUUCUGCAGAUGUCCCUGUGGGUCUGUCGUUUUUUGGAGGGUACCCCUUCUUGGUA